GAAGGAGUGGAGGAAGGAAGGGGCACUUGGAGUCGACUCUUGAGGUGACUCGGGCUAUGCCCUUUGAGAGAAGAGAACUGUAGAAGGAACAGUCAAAAUGUUGACAGAGAUCUACGGAUUCAGUUCCAGUUUCAUGAUGUGGUCCCUCUAAGGAGGUAAUUUUGCCCUGAAUAGGUCAGUAUAUGUUUUGUGCUUUAUUUUAUCACAAAGAAGAGAAGAAAGACUGCAGUGAAUGAAGAUUCCUCUGCAUUUUAGCACUGCUUUUUCUGCUGUAGUUGGUUUUUGAAUGAGGAUGACAAUGGAAGAGAUGAAGAAUGAAGCUGAGACCACUUCUAUGGUUUCUAUGCCCCUCUAUGCAGUCAUGUAUCCUGUGUUUAAUGAGCUAGAACGAGUAAAUCUGUCUGCAGCUCAGACACUGAGAGCAGCUUUCAUUAAGGCUGAAAAAGAAAAUCCGGGACUCACACAAGACAUAAUUAUGAAAAUUUUAGAGAAAAAAAGUGUAGAAGUCAACUUCACAGAAUCCCUUCUUCGAAUGGCAGCUGAUGAUGUAGAAGAGUAUAUGAUUGAACGACCAGAGCCAGAAUUCCAGGACCUAAAUGAAAAGGCACGAGCACUUAAACAGAUUCUCAGUAAGAUCCCAGAUGAGAUCAACGACAGAGUGAGGUUUCUGCAGACAAUCAAGGAUAUAGCUAGUGCAAUAAAAGAACUUCUUGAUACAGUAAACAAUGUCUUCAAGAAAUAUCAAUACCAGAACCGCAGGGCACUUGAACACCAAAAGAAAGAAUUCGUAAAGUACUCUAAAAGUUUCAGUGAUACUCUGAAAACCUAUUUUAAAGAUGGCAAGGCAAUAAAUGUGUUCAUAAGUGCCAACCGACUAAUUCAUCAAACCAACUUGAUACUUCAGACCUUCAAAACUGUGGCCUGAGAGUUGUAUAUGUUAAGAGAUGUACUUCUCAGUGGCAGUAUUGGACUGCCUUUAUCUGUAAAUUUUAAAGUUUGACUGUAUAAAUUAUCAGUCCCUCCUGAAGGGAUCUAAUAAUCCAGGAUGUUGAAUGGGAUUAUUGCCAUCUUACACCAUAUUUUUGUAAAAUGUAGCUUAAUCAUAAUCUCACACUGAAGAUUUUGCAUCACUUUUGCUAUUAUCAUUCUUUUAAGAAUUAUAAGCCAAAAGAAUUUACGCCUUAAUGUGUCAUUAUAUAACAUUCCUUAAAAGAAUUGUAAAUAUUGGUGUUUGUUUCUGACAUUUUAACUUGAAAGCGAUAUGCUGCAAGAUAAUGUAUUUAACAAUAUUUGGUGGCAAAUAUUCAAUAAAUAGUUUACAUCUGUUAAA